CAUCACUAUAGUACAGACACCGAAUUUAAUCCACCCCCAAUAGCGUUACCAAAGGUUUCGUAACACGGUCCGCGUUCAGAAGCGAACGGCGCAAAACAAGUCGCCGCCGUGCGUUAAACAAGCGCAGUGCUUUUCGGAAUCCAGGAUGCAAGGAAGUGAUCGGUUUUCUAUCAAUUCUCUCAUUGAUAACAGGAGCAGAGGGAGCCUGAGUAGUGACGGAGAGGAUGCACACGAUAUUUCUGGUCCAGAGGACGAAUCUGCUCCAGAGACAAGACAUGCAGUGACAUCUUUUACAGUGAAAGAUAUUUUGGACCCGCACAAGUUUAAUGCUCCGAGGCGAAGGCCAAGUGAGAGUGAUUCAGACAGCGAAAGCCCUAGUAGAGGAGAAUCAAGAAAUAAUUCAUCAUGGCAUCCAUGGAUGGCGGCGACCAGAUUUAAGCGUUCACAAACCUCAAGCGGUAAGAGAUCGAUUGUCAUAAAGCGAUCCACUCUUUUGAGCAAUACUUCUCCCUAUUUCGUUCUAUUUAUAUGAAUAAAAUCAUUGAGUUGCAGCUAUAAAAUAUUUUUUAUCUUAACUGCGGAGGUUUUGAUUUAUUUUUCUCGCCGUGCAACACGCCUAAAAGCGAUUAAGAGGAAAUGUUGGUCAUUCAAAUGAUAGCCGGCAUCGUUUCAUUUAUUCUCUCUUCUGACCACUGGGUUCACAUUAACAACCAUUUAGCUUAAAAGGUCUGCCACAGAAGCAAUCAAUUCGGUAUAAAACGUUAUGGUGAAGUAUGCCUGGUUUCACUGUCGCUUUCUUUCACUUAAUGUUUAUAAUUCUCCUCACCUAAAUAAGCAGGCUACAUUGAUCUUGCUCGAUUAUUUCCUCUGGAACGAUCAGUUAACCAAUUCUAUGCAAUAUGUUAUCUAAAUUGCAGACGAUUACUCGUCGCUCAUUAGAAAUAAAACUUUAAAUCCACAGAAUCUGACAAAUGUAUGGAAAAGGACAAAAACGAACACGAUUCAUCUAAUCAUCAAGAGAACGAAGAAUGCAAGUCGACAUCGGGGUCCAAAUCAAAGAGAAAGCGAAGCGGCUCCGACAGAUCAAAGGAAGGAAAACCACGACGAGCACGAACUGCUUUCACGUACGAACAACUCGUUGCUCUAGAAAACAAGUUUAAGAGUACUAGAUACCUGUCUGUUUGUGAAAGACUGAACUUGGCUCUCUCCCUAAGCCUAACGGAGACACAAGUGAAAAUUUGGUUUCAAAACCGACGCACAAAAUGGAAGAAGCAAAAUCCUGGAGUUGAUGUUACUGCUCCACCACGGCCUACGACUUUGCCCCACGCACCAUCUUUGGCUGGCUACGGAACCGGAAUUCUGUGUACAUCACAGUGCCCUACGCAAAUGCACCACUAUCCACACUAUCAACCGAGCACAGCUCAUGCUCUUCCGUGCAUUAUCAGACCGCAUCCGACCUAUGGACACAUGUAGAAAAAGCAAAGCCGACCGAAUCAAUAAGAACUACUGAACUGCAUCAAAGAUGUGACACACUUCUACCACUGAAACUUGAAAAAAAAAAAAAAAAAAAAAAUCCACGAAAUCUGCUUCAAAGGAAAUCAGAUUUUAUCUUUGUUUGAAAUCGGUAUGAUGUGUGACAUGAUCGUUCAACUAUGCUCGUGGCACUCUUCCGCGAGGAGGGAAAGAAAUUAACUUGGACUGUGGAAUUAUAAACUGCAAAGCCAUUGUGCCGAGUACCAAACCAAUUUCUUAUCCAUUUGCAGUCUGCUCCAAAGCUCUCUAUAAAUUAAAGUGGGUUUUUUUUUUUAUCUAAUCAUAGUAUUUAUAUAUAUGAAUUCCAAGGAUAUUCGAAAAUUUUGUUUUAUUUCGAAGCAGUCGCAUGCGUUCAAGUUUUCAUGUUUAAGUCUGAAUUUUUCUUGAUUAAAUCAAUGCCGAUUGUUCGAGGCGGAAACUAGGAACAGAGGGAGCUGUUAAAAUAUUAUCGUAAGUCAAAUUUCUGAACUGUAAAUACUGUACAAAAGCGAAUGUAAAAUAAUCGACCUCUUGAAGUAUCAUUUACAAACGAAAUUGCAAUGAAUGUUUCCAAGCAAGUUGAGAAAUUAAGUUACAAACAAAAAGAAUGUUUAACUUAAAAUGUACCAUUUUCUUUAAUUGUUAUGAAGGAGAAGCUUAGUAAAUAGCUUUUUUGGCCAGUUAUGUUGGAAACUGGAUUGGAAAAAGUUUUCUGCAGACAGCUGUUUUCACAUUUCAUGAACUGAUUUCAGUACGGCAGCGUCGGUCGUCAUUGUCGAAGGGAAAUCGCCGAGGACUUCAAAUGUUUGUUUAAUAAGGUACAGAGAAACUUGUAAAGCAGUAGCUAAAAAUAAGAUAUAUCUACCACAGAAUCAUCUUUGGCUCAAACAAAGUGUUCAGUCCUUCUGUGAAAAUUUGUUUUGCUAAUUGGCAAAAAAUUUUGCUUUGAAUGCUACAAUGAACCGCCUCCUUUGUUGAUCCAUUACGACCCAAUUUGACCACACUGUGUUAGAGCGACAAAAUGAUCAAACUCACCACGACAUUACUUAUUUUCUUCGUACAAAAGAUUUGUAAUUCUCAGCAAAUAUUGAAUUUACGACCACUUCCCGAUGUCGGCUUUGUUUGAAAAAGAUUUAGAGCGGAAAAGCCUUCAUUAUACAAGGUCUCCUUCAAAGUUCACCUGGUGGAAAAUUACGCAAGUUAUCAAUCACUUUCAAAGAAAAACCUUGACAUUCAAACGUAACUUCAUUUCGAUAUUUUCAAAAUAAUUUCAGGCAAAGGGUGUUGACAAAUCUUGUUUUCAAGGCGCGCAUACUUCGUCUCUAUUCACUUUAGUUCCCAUGUCUAAUAAAGAUCCUCUUCAAGUUCCUUUCCUAGUUUAAUCGCCGUAUUGUCAAAGCUUUGUCGGUUGAAUCAAAAGAAAAAGGAAACUGGACCAUUUAGCUCAACCAUUUAGUGUGAACUUUAAAACUGAACAUGAUAAAGCUGCUAAGCUAAAAAUAGGCUUUUGACACUGACAGAGAUGAGUUAUGUUAAAAUUAUACAAACAUCAUCUGUCCUUUCCUUUUCCUCUCAUAUCUAGCCGAAACUAAUAAGAUUCACUUUCAAACAGAUUUCCAACCAUUCGGUCGAGAGCUAGGCAGCUAGAGCUUUGGGAUAGAAUCUAAGCGUGACAUGAAUGAUCCACUUUGGCUACAGUAAAUUGAUAAUCUUACGAGUCUGCUUGUUCCAGAAGUGUUUGAUUUGAAAGCACAUGGACUAGAAAAAAGUUCUUUGUUGGGUCAUGAAUCUAUG